AUGCAGAUGGUUGGCGAGGGCGAGGUCACGGUGGUGCUUCUCCUCCUCGCGGCGGCGGCGCUGCCGGCACUCUUGUACGUGCGGCGUCGGCAGGAGCAGCAGUUUGAGGCCAAGCUGCAGUCGAUGAGAAGCAAGCAAGCCGAGGCGAAGCUGCAGGCGGUGGAGGAGAAGGUCGCCGCGGCGGACCGGUCCAGCGACCCGGUGCUGGUGGAGAUCAUGCAGGUCCACGCGGACGUGGACGGGGCCUUCUACACGAUCAAGCUGCCCAGCGGCGGCGAGAAGCAGACGACGCGCGGAAAGCUCGAUUCGCUCGAGGAGCGCGCUGAGGCCGCGGCGGCGGCGCUGCUCGCCGAGGAGGCGAAGGAGAGCAAGAAGGGCGGGCGCGGCAAGGGCGGGUCGGGCCGCGAGAAGCCGAAGCCCGCCCGCAAGCAGAACAGCGGGCGCGAAAAGCGCAAGUGA